AUGUCAUUUAUCAAACAUUCUUCACGAUAUUCUUCUAAAAAAAGUUUUCCUUAUGAUAAAGAAUUAUCGUCUACAACACAAAUAAAUAAAAACAGAGAAGAAAUAAUAAAAAAUAAAGUUUACUGCCCAAUUGAAUUAAAAAAUGUUUAUAAACUUCUAGAAGAUAGUGAUCAAUUACUAAAAAAUAAAGAUUGUAAUUUGGAUGAUUUGAUAUUACACAAUGACAAAAUAAGCGAAUUAAUAACUUUAUGUGAAAAUUAUAAAGUUAAUAUUAGUAAUCAAAAUAAACCAGAAUUAAAAAAAACGUACAAUUCUAUUGAACAAAAUUUGCAUUAUUUAAAUAAGCAUAUAGAAACAGCUAAAAAAGAUAGUUUGAUCUUAAAAAAAAAGUUGAAGAAAUCAACAGAUCCUUUAUAUUUCUCUAAUUUAGAACAAAAAUAUAAAAAAGUGUGUUUUGAUAUAGAAAAUACAAAAAAAAGAAUAAAAUUUUUAAAAGACAGCAUAAGGAAAAAUGAAAAGUUAUUAGAUUCUAAUAAAAAAAAACCAAAUAAAAUUGCAUUAGAAAAAGAAUAUAAAAAUUUAUUAAAUCAACAAUCUACUUUAUGUUCUAGAUUAAUACAACUGCAAAAUGCUAACAAAUUAUAUGAAGAUAAUAUAUGCAAGAUAGAUGAACAAUUUGAAGAAAUAAAAAAAAAAAUUAAUGAAUUUAAUAUAAAUAAAGAUAAAGAUAAUUUUUUUGAUAUAGAAAAUGAAAAUUCAAAAGAAAAUUUAGAAAAAAGGAUUUUUAUAUUAAAUACAAAAAGAGAUGAUUUAAAAAAAGAAAAAAAUAAUAUUAUAAAUAAUUUAACUAAUACCCUUGCUAAAUUAAAAAAACAAAUAUCAAAUUUAGAAAAUGAAAAAAUAAACUUACUAAAUGAAGAAAAAAAUAAUUUAGAUAAAUAUCAUAUUUUAAAAAAAACAUUAAAUACAAAAUUAUUGAAGAUUAAUAAAAAUGAAAACAAAGAAAAACAAAUUGUAAAAAAGAAUUGGCUUGAAAAAAAAGAAGAUAAUGAAAAUUCAAAAUAUGAUAUGAACACAAAAAAAAUUAACGAACAUAAUUUAACCAAUAAUAAAUCUAUUGGAGGAGAAAAUUUUAUUGAAACUUUAUUAGAAGAAAAAAAUGUUUAUGUAAAAAAUAAUAAAGACACUUAUUUAAAAAAAGAAUAUGUAGAAUACAACCAGCCAGAAAAUUCUAAUUACAACAAAAACUUUAAUAAAACAAAUGAUUCUGAAAAAAAAAAAAAAAAAAAAAUUUACUUGCCACAGUUUGAAGAUGAUAUACUUUUAAAACUUCAAAAUAAGAUAAAUGAAAAAUUACAACAAAAUGAAAAAAAUAAUUUAGAAAAAGAAGAAGACUCAAAAGUUAUAAAAAAACAAUACAGUAUAGAUAAUUUAGUAAUUAAACAAAAAGACACGAAAAUAUUUAAUGAAAUGAAUGUAGAAAGUGAAAAUAUAUUCUAUAAUGAACUAGAAGAAAAUAAUAAAAGUGUAAAAAAAAUUAUAAUAAAAAACAAAAAUAAUGAACUUUAUGAAAAAAAGAAUAACAAAAUGCACAAAAAUGUGAAUGAUGUAAUACAUAGUAAUGAUAAUGAAAAAAAUAAUGAAGUAAAAGAUAAAACAGUUCAAAAAUUAGAAAAUGAAAUGAGUAAAGAAAUUAAUGAUGAAAUAAAUGAUGAAAUCAGUAAAGAAAUUAAUGAUGAAAAUGAUAAUCAAAUAGAUAAAGAAUUAAAUAAUGAAACAAAUGAUGAAAUAGAUGAUAAAAAUGAUUAUGAAAUAGAUAAAGAACUAAAUAACGAAAUAAACGAUGAAAUAAAUGAUGAAAUUAAUGAUGAAAUUAAUGAUGAAAUUAAUGAUGAAAUUAAUGAUGAAAUAAAUGAUGAAAUAAAUGAAGAAAUAAAUGAUGAAAUAAAUGAUGAAAUUAAUGAUGAAAUUAAUGAUGAAAUUAAUGAUGAAAUAAACGAUGAAAUAAAUGAUAAAAUAAAUGAUGAAAUAAAUGAUGAAAUUAAUGAUGAAUCUAAUGAUGAAAUAAAUGAUGAAAUUAAUGAUGAAAUUAAUGAUGAAAUAGAUGAUGAAAUUAAUGAUGAAAUAGAUGAUGAAAUAAAUAAAGAGCUAAAUAACAAAAUAAAUAAUAAAAUAGAUGAUGAAAAUGAUGAUGAAAUAGAUAAAGAACUAAAUAACGAAAUAAAUAAUAAAAUUAAUGGUGAAAUAAAUGAUGAAAUAGAAAAUGAAACGAAUAAUGAAAUUAAUGGUGAAAUUAAUGAUGAAAUUAAUGAUGAAAUUAAUGAUGAAAAUGAUAAUCAAAUAGAUAAAGAACUAAAUAAAGAACUAAAUAACGAAAUAAAUGAUGAAAUAAAUGAUGAAAUUAAUGAUGAAAAUGAUAAUAAAAUAGAUAAAGAAUUAAAUAACGAAAUAAAUGAUGAAAUAGAUGAUAAAAAUGACAAUCAAAUUAAUGAUGAAAUGAGUAAAGAAAUUAAUGAUGAAAUAAAUGAUGAAAUUAAUGAUGAAAAUGAUAAUAAAAUAGAUAAAGAAUUAAAUAACGAAAUAAAUGAUGAAAUAGAUGAUAAAAAUGGUAAUCAAAUUAAUGAUGAAAUAAAUGACAAAGUAGAUAAUGAUAUUAACUAUAAAAAUGAAAAUGAAAUAAGUAAUGAGAUUAAUAAUGAAAUAAGAAAUAAUAUUAAUGAUCAAAUGGAUAAAGAAAACGAUGAUGAAAAAGAUACUCAUAUGAAUAAUGAAAUUAAUAAUCAAACAGAAAAUGAAUUAAAUAAUGAAAUAGACAAUGAAAAUGAUAAUAAAAUAGAUAAAGAACUAAAUAAUGAAAUUAAUUUGGAAAAAGAUGAAGAAACUAACGAUGAAAAUAAUAAUAAAAUUAAUAAAUACAAUAACAUGUAA